AUUAAAAAUUAUAUUUAUUGCAAUUCAUUUUCUCUAUAAAUACGAAGUCAGAGGUUACACAGGCAAAGAAAUAUCAACUUGAUCGAAGAUGGAAAAGAGCAAAGCUAUCUCAGUCUCAUUCCUUCUCUCUCUUCUUCUGUUUGCCUUUGUCUGUGAUGCAAGAAAAGAUCCAGGAGAAGUGUGGAAGGUUGUGAUGGAUGAAGAGACUAUGCCUAACGCAAUCAAAGAUCUUGUCGAUGUGGGCUCGAAUAUGAAAAUGGAUCGUUUCGUUAGGGAUUUCGAUGUAAAGCCUAAUGUUAUCAUAUAUCACAGCCGUGAUAUUCAUGCUCAUACUCAUACUGAAGUCGAGGGUAAUUAGGUUAGGUGUCGUAUGCAAUAAAUUCAAUAGUGGUUAUGAAAUUUGUUUCAAUCCUAUGUCUUGAUAGUUUGGACCGUUUUCAUGUGGAAAUUAAUUAGUUUGUUUUAUAUAUCUAUAUGACUAUAUGUAUACAGUGAUGUGCUUGUAAGGAGGAGUGGAUGAUAAAUUGAAAAACCUGACCAUUUAUAUUA